AAAAGUUUGAAACUUGCGUUAGAAUAGAGUGAGUGAAACUAACAUCCCCAUUCACCACCCCCCGAGGAGAGAGAGAAAUGCUGUAACUGAAGCAGUUCAACACGCAAAACCAAUUAGUGUUUGUUUCGCGAGAAAAUUCCCCAUUCGGAUCCACUCUAUUCAAACGCUUCAUCGAUCUGGCAGAGCGUGGGCGCCAGAGUAAAUCGCUGUUUCGGUGAUCUUCUGAGUCGAAAUCGUUCACUCCCACUCUCAAUCCCAACUCCAUUGUUUCUUUUCGUGAUCUCUCUCUCUUUCUCACGUACUCUCCUCCUAACCGAACCCCAUCCAAGCCCUCAUCACACAACCACCCUUUCGUUCUGAUUCAUGAAAACCUAAUCACUGCAACUAGUUCUGUGCAUGCAAUGCAUAGAAAUUGAGUUAGUCUGACUUAUUUCUUGUAAGAACUCAACUGUACCAUGUAAAGACAGCAAGCAAGUAUCUUCACAUAUUUAUUCAUCAAAACUCUGGGGAUGAAAUAUUACUUGCCACACCAGUUGUAAACUUGCGCAGAUAUGGUGUUUAGUAGAAUUGCGGGAAUUGUGUCAGCUGCAGCAACUCGUUUGUCAGCCCCAAAGUCUUCAGCCUUGCCAUAUGUAUCAUCUGGAUUGUCACCUCCAACAAAUUCUGUUCAUGGUUAUGGUUUUGCUAACUCCGGACUGAAAAAUAAUCUGCGACUCUCUUCUUCUCUCCAAGAUUUCUCCGUGUACCGCCGAUUGGAUCCAGAACGAGGUGAUUUUAACUCUGGAAUUGAUGCGAGUUUGAUCUGUGCAAAACAGCCUCAUGUCUUGCAGAGAGGAAAUUCUGGGUCAAGUUUUUAUAAGAAGGCAUCACCUGGAAUUCCUCUUGCACAAAAGAAGUGGAUGCGUGUGAUCAUGGUUCUACUGUGCCUACUGCUAUUUGCUAUUCUUAUAUAUGUGUUACAGUUCUAUUAUUUCAAGUGGUCUCAAGGAACAUCCAAGUUCUACGUUGUACUUGACUGUGGUAGCACUGGGACCCGGGUUUACGUAUAUCAGGCAUCCCUGAAUCACAAGAAAGACGGCAGUCUCCCUAUUCUAUUGAGAUCAUUACCAGAGGGUCUUCGGAGAAAACGUAGUUCACAAAGUGGGCGUGCUUACAACAGAAGGGAGACUGAACCAGGGUUUGACAAAUUGGUGCACAAUGUAUCUGGCUUAAGGGGUGCAAUAAAACCACUUAUUCAGUGGGCAGAGAAGCAAAUCCCCAAGCAUGCACAUAAGACCACUUCUCUAUUCCUUCAAGCUACAGCAGGUGUUCGCAAGUUGCCAACUUCAGACUCGCAAUGGCUUCUUAAAAAUGCUUGGUCCAUUUUGAACAGUUCACCCUUCUUGUGUCAAAAAUAUUGGAUUAAGAUUAUCAGUGGCAUGGAGGAAGCAUAUUAUGGAUGGGUAGCUUUGAACUAUCACACUGGUGUCUUGGGGGCUAUCCCCAAAAAAGCAACAUUUGGUUCACUUGACUUAGGUGGCUCAUCCUUGCAAGUUACUUUUGAGAGCAAGGAAAAAGUGCAUAGUGAAACUAGUUUAAAGCUGAGCAUUGGUCCUGUUAACCAUCAUCUCAGUGCCUAUUCACUUUCAGGCUAUGGUUUGAAUGAUGCUUUUGACAAGUCUGUGUUUUAUCUUCUGAAAAGGCUUCCCAAAAUUAAUAAUGCAGAUCUAGUUAGUGGAAACAUUGAAAUUAAGCACCCUUGCCUGCAAUCUGGUUACAAAGAGCAAUAUGAUUGUUCUCAAUGUGCUUCUUCUAUUUACCAAGGUGGGAAUCCUCCGAGUGGAGGAAAAUUUUUGGGUAAAGGUGGAAAGCUCAAAAUUCCAAUCCGGGUUAUUGGUGCACCAAAAUGGGAAGAGUGCAAGGCACUUGCAAAAGUUGCUGUCAAUUUGUCUGAAUGGUCAGAUCUAAAUCCAGGAAUUGAUUGCGAAUUGCAGCCUUGUGCUCUUGCAAAUAAUCUGCCUCGUCCUUAUGGCCAAUUUUAUGCAAUGUCUGGUUUUUUUGUGGUGUAUCGCUUUUUUAACUUGAGUUCCGAUGCCACACUUGAUGAUGUGUUAGAGAAGGGUCAGGAGUUUUGCAAUAAAAUUUGGGACAUUGCAAAGAACAGUGUUGCUCCUCAGCCCUUUAUAGAACAAUACUGCUUCAGGGCACCAUACAUUGUGUUUCUAUUGAGAGAGGGCUUGCACAUUUCUGAUAGCCGAGUAAUUAUUGGUUCUGGAAGUAUUACUUGGACCCUUGGGGUUGCCCUAUUGGAAGCUGGGAAGGCAUUUUCUACCAGACCAGAGCGUAAUGGUUAUGAAAUACUCCAGUUGAAGAUUAAGCCAGUCAUUCUUUCUGCUAUAUUGUUUGCUUCGCUUUUUUUCCUAAUUUGUGCAUUAUCAUGUGUUGGAAGUUGGAUGCCUAGAUUUUUUCGUAGUCCAUAUCUCCCCGUCUUUGGGCUUAACAAUGCAUCAUCUACAUCUGUUCUCAACAUUCCAACUCCUUUUCGGUUUCAGCGUUCAGGGGAUGGAAAAGUAAAGACACCACUAAGUCCAACAACCACAGGCGCCCAACAAAGACCAUUUGACAGUGGAAAUGGUUUCAGCAGCAGCAGCAGCAGCAGCAGCAUCCAGCUCAGUGAGUCUACCUUGUACCCAGCAACUAGCAGUGUCAUACAUAGUUAUUCCUCAGGUAGCUUGGGGCAGUUGCAAUUUGACAAUAGUGGCACGGCUGCUUCCUUCCGGACCCCUCAUGGAAGUCAAAUGCGUCUUCAAAGCAGGAGAUCACAGUCUCGAGAAGACCUCAAUUCUUCUCUUGCUGAAGCACACUUGGCAAAGGUUUUAAGCUCCUGAAGAAGUUUUGAUAGAUAAAAUUUCAUACAGGACUUGCACGCAUCCAAUUAUGAUGAUGGCUCUACACAUUACCGGUGUUUCAAAUUUAUUUGUCAAGGAGAAAGGUUCUGGGACCAAUGUUGUGGUUUUUAUUUUAUUUUAUAGUAGAAUCCAAAUCCAGGGAAAGACAUUCAUCUACUUUGCAAAGUGGGUUCCCUACAAAAUACUCAGCAGAGCUUUCAUUUGUCAAAUCCCAAGUCUGCCCUCUGCUGGCAUAUUUCAUGUGCUUGUGAAGCUGUUCCUUGUAUUGAAGGACAUGUCGAAGCCCUAACACCAUGACCAACCAAUCCGACAGGCCUGAGUGAUGGUUUCAUCUUGAGAAGAAACUGUCUGAUCUGACUUCAGCUGAUCUGCUGGACCUAAUGAAAAGUGUUUUACUUCAUUAGUCAGUAAAAUGGUGAAAUUAAUUCCAAUGGAAAGCUAAUUUUUGAUGGGUAAUAUUUGUAUUUUAUCCAUGUCAAA